UUAAAAUGUUGUUGUAUUUCGAUUUUCGAUUGUUUUCUUGUAAAAUCAUUGUCAUUGAAAGACAUUAUAAGCCUAAUAAUUAACAGUAAAAAAUAGAUACUGAAUUCAUUUUCGACAAUGUUACCAAAUCAGUUGCGAUUUAUUAAAUUUCAUGUCAAUUACAGUGUUACACUAAAACAACAACGGUAUUAUAGCAUAGAGAGAGCGCGGUUACAAAACACUAAAUCUCAAGAUGUUAUGCAGAAAGAACCAAGCUCUAUUGGUGUGUCUGCAUCAAAUGAGCGUUUACUUGGUGAAAUUUAUCCUGCUGCGAAAGUAGUUCCGAUGGUAUUAACAAAUAAAGAACCCGUGGUUCUAUCAUUUGAUGAAGUGCCUGGACCAAAGUCUCUAAAGUAUAUUUCAAGCAUACGCGCCUAUUUAUCCGAAAUCGGCACACAGCUUACAGCUAGCGUUCUUACCAUGGGACUGAAUAUUGGAGCAUACGUAAAUAAUAGGAAGCCACUCAAGAAUCUUUCAACACUGUUCGACGAAUACGGGCCGGUGGUUCGGUUCGUGAGUCCAGUUGGAGCCGACAUAGUUCUGAUCAACCACCCCGAUCAUAUCCAGAAGGUGUAUACGGUCGAAGGCGACUGCCCUGUACGAUCUACACUCGACUCGUUGGAGAAAUACAGAAUAGAUCAUAGAAAUCAUAUUUAUGGUGGAUUGUACACUAUUCACGGUCAAGAAUGGAUGCGCCAGAGAUCGGUUGUGUACAAUCCACUACACAGCUCCGUGUCACAGCACAUCCAAGGCAUCGACGACGUUUGUGAAAACUUUGCCAACAAGAUAUACAACAUAAGGAACAACCAAGAUGAAAUCCCGAAAGACUUGUACAGAGAGCUUCAUAAAUGGUCUUUUGAUUGUAUGGGAUUGAUAUUAUUCUCCAAAAAGUUCACAAUGCUGGACACUGAAUUAGUGUACAGUCAGUGCGACAUGUCGUGGCUGUACCACAGUUUGGAGAAGGCCACUCAAGCCAUAAUCAAGUGUGAAACUGGCUUGCACUUCUGGAAAUUGUUUACCACUCCCGCCUGGCUGUCUUUGGUGAAAUAUUGUGAUAGUUUAGAUAAUUUAAUCGGAAAACAUGUAAUGGAAGCAGAACAAGCAAUUUCGUUCCGAACUCAAGAUGAAAUAGGUAAAAAUUCAUUGAUCAACGCUAUGCUUAUGAGUGAUGAGAAAAUGAACGCUGAGGACAUUGCUACUAUAAUUAUGGACAUGCUUCUUAUUGGAGUCAAUACGGUCACUUCAUCGAUGUCCUUUUUGUUAUACAACUUGGCGAAAUAUCAAAGAUCACAGAGGAUGCUAUAUGAAGAAAUAUCUAAAGCAUAUAAUACUGAUAACAUAGAUAUUGACAAGAUCAAAGAGGAAACUCCAUACCUGCAAGCUUGUAUAAAGGAAACUUUACGUUUUUCUUACAGAUUAGUGCCACCGAUUCCAGUGCUAACACGGAUUUUAUCAAGAAACAUUACAUUGGAUAAAUACAACAUUCCCCGAGGCACUCUUAUUAUAAUGUCGACUCAAGACGCAUCUCUAAAAGAGAACAAUUACGAUGACGCUAUUAGAUUCUGCCCUGAGAGGUGGUUAAAGCCGGAUGCCAAAGAUUAUCACGCAUUUGCAUCAAUACCCUUCGGUUUCGGUGCCAGGAAGUGUAUUGGGCAGAAUAUUGCAGAGACUAUGCUGUCAAUGUUGACUAUUCGUCUUAUACAAAAAUAUAAACUAGAAUAUCAUUACGGUGAUAUUAAGCCUACAAGAUGUUUCAUUGCAAGACCAAAUAAGCCUUUGAAAAUAAGAUUUGUCGAUAGAAAUUAAUAAUCUGUGUAAGUAAAUAAUAGGUUGUUAAAGGUGAAGUACAUAAAACCAUAUUACAACUGUAUAAAUUAUAUUUAAAGUAUUGAAUUUAUUUCUUACAUAAUAUGUAAAGCUAUAAUAAAAUAAAAUUAUAAAUUCUUUAAGCAUUUUUUAUUCCAAUACUUCUUAAUUCUCCUAUUAGAUCUUACAUAUAUUUUGAAGUGUCAGUCACUUACAUUCCUGAAUUAAUGGAAAUAGUAUAUACUAAAUACAGUUUUUACAAAUAAACUAUAUAUAGUUAUUUCACAACACUUAUUGCAAAAGUCAAAUGCAUAGAAUAUAGAUCAUAAUAGAUAAUUAUCUUCAUAUUUAAAAAUUAAUAAAGUUACUACAAUACUUUCCCUCUGGUAAAUGAAUAUGGUAAAUAAUGAUGUCAGUUUUUUAAAAAAUGUUACAUUGUCAAUAUAUUCCUCUGAUAAACAACAAUCUGAUAAAUUAUUGCG